GGCCGGGCGGGCUGUGCCGGAGCGUCCGGCCAUGGAGGCGGCGCGGCGCUGGCCGCUGUGGCUGCCGGGCCUGGCGCUGCUGUGGGGCCGCGCCGCGGCGGGGCUGGAGCAGAUCGGCAGCACGGCUCCGCCGGCGCAGGCAUGUUCAGCAUUUUCCCAGAAGUCCUGUGAUGAGUGUCUAGCAAAUGUUUCGUGCCUUUGGUGUUACACCAACAACACAUGCAUUGAUUACCCUGUAAGAAGUAUUUUUCCACCAUCUUCAUUGUGUUCUCUCUCAAAUGCUCGAUGGGGAGUUUGCUGGAUAAACUUUGAGGCUUUAAUUAUUGCUAUGGCUGUGGUAGCUGGGCUCAUUCUGGUGUCCAUAACAGUCUGUUGCUGUUACUGCUGUUACUGCAGAAGGCCUUCCAGGAGCAGACUACUAGAGGAAGAAGAGGAGCAGCUAGCUAGGAAGAGAGAGGAACGAAGGCUGCAGUCUCUUCAGAGGAAACAUGAAAGAAAACUGAAGCAUGAUGAAAUACGUAAGAAAUAUGGUCUUCUCCAGGAUUCUGAUAACCCCUACAGCAGAUUUGAGAAUGAAUAAAGAUGAGAACCUUCCACAAGAGCUGUAACUCCAGAAUCCAGGAAGACAGUUUGUGUUCAUUAGCCCUUUUGCUCUUUCCCUUCUGUUUAUUUCUCUCCAAAGUGUUUUUAUCCUGGUUGUAAAACUAGAAGCAGCUAAAGACUUUUUGAAAUAACAUGUUUCUAUCUCCUACGUGUAUGGAAAUAAUUUUCCAUAAAUGUUUUUCAUUGUUGAAAUGUUCACUGAAGUUGGUUUGUUUCCUCUUCUUAAAAUCUAUAUUUUAUUACUUGAUUCAGAUGGUUAAUAGUCACAAUAGUGUGAUUUUGAAUUCAGUCUUAACUGCUACUUAAAGCAGUUGUUCUCAUGUUCCUAAAUAGACAGAUUUAUGUAUAUAUAUAUAACAAAAAGCAACAUGGAAGCACAGCUCCACAUAGCAGAAAUAGUUGAUGAAAAAUACAUCACGCACAUUCUUGUUGGUGGAGGUUUUUUUGCCUGGAAAAGCAUCUUCCAAGAGUGUAAUGUGUCAGGGUCGACAUAGAGGAGCAUAUUUGUCUUUGAAUAAUUAAAUUCAGUUGUGGGAAUAUGUGUUAAUAUGUACUUUGAAUACAAUUAGCAAAAUUGGAGGAAGGUUGAUCUUGAAACAAACAUAGUUGUAUUCCUGUAUUUAAGAAACAUCAGUCUGUGUGAGCACUUUAUUCUCCAAACUUAAAAUAUCUUGACAAAAAAAAAUAAGUUGCCCAGAUUCUGCAGCAGCUUAAACAUUGCCCAGCUGCUUCCUCCCUCCCUUGGGGGGAUGCGGGAGAGAAUGGGAACAGCAGAGGGUUGAGAUAAAGGCACAGUAAGUGAAGGAAAGGAGGGUAGAGGAACAAAUUCUGCAAAGGCAAUUGCCACCUUCCAGGAGCAGACCUCUACCUAGCCUCCUCUCCAGUUUUCUUGGUGUGCCUGGAGCAGGGUCAAUUUAGGUCAGUUUUGGCCAACUGUGUCCUCUGCCAGCUUCUUGCUCCCCCCUGGCCUAGUUGCUGGAACAAGCAGAGUGGGGGGAAAAAGAAACUUUGAUGCUGUGCAAGCAAUGCUCAGCAAAAGCCAAAGCUUUUUUGUGUGUGUGUUAUCAGCACUCUUUUUGCCACAAAUCCAAAGCAAAGCAGCACCAUAAGGGCUGCUAUGAAGAAAGUUACCUCAGUCCCUGCCAGAGCCAGUACAGUAAGAAGGCAGUAUUUUUUUUAACCUUUUAUUGUUCUUUUGAUAUUUACGUAAUGUGAUUUAUUUCCUGUCUUACUUUUAAUAGAGGGUUUCCUUGAGCACUUUUAGUAGCUCCAGUAUGAUGUGACAAGCAAAGAGCUUUUCUAUACCCCCAGUCUAAUUGUAUGGUCCCACUUAUUCUGUACACUUUAAAUCACUUCCCUUGCUGUUUAUUAUCUGUUAAACAAAUGUACAGUAUUGAGGAUGUUUGUGUUAUUUUUGUCCACAUUCCUAAAAUAAACUAACAUCUUGAAUAUGAUUCUGUUUACUUCUGGUAUGGUUGCUCCAUACCAUUUUAAAUUAACUUGGUUUAAAAUAAGUUUCUAAGUAUGACUUCAGAGAAGGGAAAAAAUGCAUUUUUGCUGGUUGUCCGUGGCAGGAAUUAGAUCAUGCCUGUGGGUGAGGAUGUAAAUUACCAUUUCUUGCAGUGUCUUAAGAACCUGCCUCUGCUUAGGUUUAGUAAAUAACACUUAAUACUGGUUUUAGUACAGUGUUCUUUCACUGGUUUUACUUCUUCAAACUGUUUCUCCAUAUAGUUUCUCAGGAAUUUAUAUAAAAAUAGGUUUCCUACUUUCUGAAUAUGUAUUGUAAUUAGUGUUAAUGAAAUCCUGGUCUGUUUUUAUUUUUUCCUUUGUUCUUUAACUCACAUUUAGCACUUUAUUAGUAGUCAUUAUGUUUCAUUUCAUGUUUCUUUAUCUGUCAGCCAUUGUCAAAUCUGAAGUAUUAUUCAAAUGCCUGUCUUAAAAGAAUGAUGGUCUAUGAUAAGAGUGAGUUGAUAGUGUGAAAAUGAAACAUGCUGAUAGUUUUCCCUGGAGAUAACUUUUGCAAAAAUGAUGGUCUGUCUGCUGUCUCACAACCAAGUAGUGACAUUCCUGACUUAAUAGAAAAGCAUUUUUCUUCAGCACCUGCUACAGUGUAUGAAGGGCUGUCGUACAUUCUAUCAAAAAGGGGAAGAGAGACAACCUUUUUUACCAUUUCAAAGAUGCUAAAGUGGCAGUUGUGGACAUGAAAAGGUAAUGACUGUUAUCAAAUUUACCUUAUGUUAAGCCUUAACUUCAUACAAAAUGUUAAACUGGACAUCAAAUAUGGUCUAUUUUUGCUUACACAUUUUAAACUAUUAAGUUAAUGAGACUAUUGUGGACACCAGCUUUAGAGCAUAAUAGAAAAUGCAGAAACCCUCACAAAAUCCCUGGGCUCUUCAGAUUAUUUAACCUUUCUUUUCUGUGUUCACUGGAGUAAAUAAUUGGAUGGAAAAUACCCUUAUUUCAUUAUAUUAAUUAGCUUCUCUGCUUUUCUGUAUGUCACUAUUUCUUUCUUUGGCUUACCACAACAAGGAUUAUUCGCCUUUGUAUUUCAAUGUAGCCACAAGUAGCUGGGAAAACAGCUGUAGAAAGAGGUAUCAUUGUGUCUUUGUUGCUCAGGUGUAUGAACAAAGGCAUUUAUCAUCCUGGGUGUGAGCUUCUCCUGCACACUUUUUCAAUAAAAGAAACAGAAGGUAUUCAACAUAACAAAAUAAAAGUAGGGAAACAGCACAA